AUGGGUGGCAGGACUAUGUCAGGGCUUCUGUCUGGGGUGGCUCUGGUCCUCCUGGUGCUCCUGCAGAGCACACAGUCAGUCUACAUCCAGCACCAGGGCUUCCAGGUCCAGCUGGAAUCCGUGAAGAAACUGAGCGACCUGGAGAGGCAGUCGAUGCUCAGCCCCCACCUGCAGGCCCAGAGCCUCCUGCCCAUCCCGUGCUACCACCCGGCCCUGCCACCGGACCUCCAGCCCAUCUGCACCUCCAGUGAGGCCACCAGCAUCUUCAAGGCCUUGAAGACCAUCGCGAACGACAACUGUGAGCUGUGCGUGAACGUUGCCUGUACCGGCUGCCUCUGA